CAAAGGCGGCCGCAUUAAAACGGAGCAUUUUAAGUAGACUUGGUUAUUGCAGUACUCUCCUACUCACUCACCACUUGUAUUGUUUACAUAACCACAUAGCCCUGAGCCCUUCACUCUCUCUUCCAAGUUCCAACCAAUUCAUCUCUCUCAUUCCCUCUCUCUUGUCUUUAUCGUUUUAAUACUCUCUGCUUUGCUUCUUGAGAUUGUAGAACGAGAGACCGAGAGGUAAAUAGUCUUUGUGUUUCUUCCGAUUCUAAAAGAUAUCGACCGCUAAUGUCGGGUGAAAAGCAAGCGGAGGAGGCAAUAGUGGUCUCCGGCGUCGGAGAGACUGGUAAUGACGUGGCUGGUGGAAAAAUGGAAGAUCCAAUGGUGGAGGACAUUGGCGGCGCCGGUGAUGGAUUUACUGUGAAGAGCUUCCUCUGGCAUGGCGGGUCCGCUUGGGACGCUUGGUUCAGCUGUGCUUCCAAUCAAGUGGCACAAGUGCUGUUGACACUGCCGUAUUCGUUCUCGCAGCUGGGAAUGUUAUCAGGAAUACUGCUUCAAAUAUUCUAUGGACUAAUGGGCUCUUGGACUGCUUACCUCAUUAGUGUUCUUUACGUCGAAUAUCGAGCCCGCAUGGAGAAACAAGAGGCCAAAUCUUUCAAAAACCACGUUAUUCAGUGGUUCGAAGUCCUUGAUGGGCUGCUGGGUCCGUACUGGAAAGCAGCGGGGCUCGCCUUUAAUUGCACCUUCUUGUUAUUCGGAUCAGUCAUCCAGCUCAUCGCUUGUGCUAGCAAUAUUUACUACGUAAACGAUAGAUUAGACAAGAGGACUUGGACUUAUAUUUUUGGUGCUUGUUGUGCCACGACCGUCUUCAUACCAUCUUUCCACAAUUACCGUAUUUGGUCUUUCCUCGGCCUUGCAAUGACCACUUACACCGCUUGGUACCUCACUAUUGCCGCAUUUCUCCACGGCCAGGCGGAGGGUGUGACACAUUCCGGUCCGACCAAACUUGUGUUGUACUUUACCGGAGCCACCAACAUCCUCUAUACAUUUGGUGGACAUGCUGUGACCGUGGAAAUAAUGCAUGCGAUGUGGAAACCAAGGAAGUUUAAGAGCAUCUACUUGAUGGCUACACUGUACGUCUUCACGUUAACGCUUCCAUCAGCCUCCGCCGUCUAUUGGGCUUUCGGCGACCAACUUCUCAACCACUCAAACGCUUUCUCUCUCCUCCCUAAAACGCGUUUCCGUGACGCCGCCGUUAUCCUCAUGCUCAUCCAUCAGUUUAUAACGUUCGGAUUUGCUUGUACGCCGUUAUACUUUGUAUGGGAAAAAGCAAUCGGAAUGCACCACACUAAAAGCAUAUUUGUAAGAGCGAUCGUGAGAUUACCGGUGGUGAUUCCAAUAUGGUUUUUAGCCAUCAUUUUCCCAUUUUUUGGUCCCAUAAACUCUGCGGUUGGAGCACUACUCGUUAGCUUCACCGUCUACAUCAUCCCCGCCUUAGCCCACAUGCUCACCUACCGCACCGCCUCUGCCCGUCGGAAUGCGGCGGAGAAACCACCGUUCUUUUUGCCUAGCUGGGCCGGAGUUUACGUGAUAAACGCUUUUGUGGUGGUUUGGGUGCUAGUUCUCGGGUUCGGGUUUGGCGGAUGGGCCAGCAUGACCAACUUCAUCAGGCAAAUUGACACUUUUGGCCUCUUCGCCAAAUGUUAUCAAUGCAAAUCGCCGCUUCCUCCCCCUGCUCCGGUCAAUGGUGAUCACCACCGCCGCUAAGCUAAGCCGCCGUUAGUGAAGGAGCAGGUGCCGUUGUGUUUGUCACGAGCCAUUCUUCAGUCUUAUGACAGACUGUUUUCCUAACGGGUAGAAAGCAACUGGAUGCCGACAAAAAUUGUUAUCAUUUAAUCAAUCAGCCAAUCUGUAAAAUACGGUUACAACCAAAAAAAAAAAAAAAAAAAAAGUCUGUCAAAUUUCUUCCAAAACUCUACAAAUUUGGAAUCUUUUUUUUUU